CUCCGGAAGAACGGAGGGGAACCGCGGAGGAGGUCACCUCCGCCCAUACUACCGGUAGCGCUUAUUUGUCGCGUCUAGAACAAGGAGUGCCUUGCUGCCAAGCAACCAGAAAGCCGUGUGGGCAACGCCAUCUCCUCCUCCUCCUCCUCCUCCUCCUCCUCUCUGUCUCUUUCUCUUUACCUCUCUCUCUCUUUCCCUCUCUCUCUGUCUGUCUGUCUGCCUGUCUGUCUCUCUCUCUCUCUCUCUCUCUCUCUCUCUCUCUCUCUCUCUCGGACGGGUACAGAAUCAGAUGGCACUCGUCGCACGUGCCGCUCAAUGUCAUGCUGCGGUCGGCAGCGCGGCUGGUGGUGGGAUUGUUGCAGGGAGCUUGUCGUCAGAACACUCGACUGCUGCGAGCCUCGCUGCUCCGAGAUGCCGCCACGUGUCCGCACCGAGAGAAGGUCCCAGACUGGUGGGGCAAUGUGGCAAGGCCAGUCACCACCUCGGCUUGUGCGAUGACUCUGACACAGCAAUUUCCAAGACAGCAGUGGUGAGGCCGUCCAGCCGACGCCGGGAUGGCCUCAACGGAAGGAUUUGUGCCGUGAUGGUUGGGACCAAGGCCACGGAUUCCGGAGUUCGCUUAAUACGGAUCGGAACGCGGGGAAGGCAGAUUGUACAACUUCGUGGACAUGGAGCUGGGCAAGGCCUUGACUUUGCCUCUUCCUCGCAGUUUGGAUCAGGAUCUAGUGCGAUGUGGUAUCCAGCCGAUGCAGCAGGGCGACCCUGGAGGGCAGCAGCAAGCUCUCUCACAUGCAAGGCGGCUGUCGAAAUGCAGACUAGACCCAAGCCAACAAAAAUAAUGGAUUCAUAUCUCAUCACAUGUCUGCCAGGUGAUGGGCAGGGUCCCGCAGUAAUGCACGAGGCGAAGAAGGUGCUGAGAUCUCUCCAGGACAUAUCAGGAGUCACUUUCAAAUUCCAGGAUGGGUUGAUUGGAAACGCCGCGCAAUUAGCUGUCGGCAAUCCUUUGCCUACCGAGACCAUCGAGUUAUGCAAAUCAUGUGAUGCCGUGCUUAUUGGCGGGCUUGCAAGCACCACUUCAAUCAAUGGGGGCACGCCGCUGAGGUCAAAAGUUCUGAUGAAACUGAGAGCAGAUAUGGGGCUUUACUGGCAGUUAUCACCUGCAGCAGCCUUUCCUCAAAUGGAAAAUGACUACCCAUUGAGUCCGUCACGGGUACGAGGCACUGACAUAAUGAUUGUCAGAGAACUGUCAGGAGGAAUAUACACUGGCCAGCAGGGAAGGGGAGAGCUCCCGAAUGGUGAUGUGCGGGCAUUCGGCACGGCAGAGUACACAGGGAAGCAGGUUGAGCGAAUUGCACGAUCUGCAUUCGAUAUUGCAAGACAGAGAAGCCGGAGAUUAACAUCGGUGGAUCUGGCAAACUACCUCGAAGUCAGUGUUCUCUGGCGAGAGAUCGUCACCAAGCUUGCCAAGGAGGAGUAUGCAGAUGUAGAGGUGAAUCAUGAGUUGGCAGACUAUUUUGCAACGCGGCUUGUGCAGAACCCCACAAGGUAUGACACAGUGGUUGCAGCAAAUUUGAUCGGAGACGUGCUUGUAGAAGUUGCGAGGGGUAUCACUGGCGGAGUGCGGUUUGCACCAUCAGCAGAAUUUGGUGACCCAGGGACACCAGCAUUGUUUGGGUUCCCAGGGGAGCUUGGAAGCAGAUUCACAGGCACAGUGAACCCAUUUGGGCUCAUCCGCUCCGUUUCCAUGAUGCUACGGUAUCAGUUCGGUCUGGUAUUAAAGGUCACGGACAUAACAGGCAAAGGAGAAGAGGAGGCGGAGGAGGAGGAGGAGGAGGAGGAGGAGGAGGAGGAAGAGGAAGAGGAAGAGGAAGAGGAGGAAAAGGUAUUCAAGUAUUUCCAAAGUUUCAAGGUUCCUGGGAACCCUGUUGAAGUUGGCGAGUAAAUAAACGGGACCACUUUUCAAUUCUGUAAUUUAUUUCACUGUCGGAGGACUCCUACUUCAUAAGAUGUGAAAUACCAUUUGGGGUGCAAUUGUAUACUCCCAUACUUAAAUCUUAUCCAUCCAUGACAUGGCAUUUUGGAGGACAAAAUUCACAUGGGAAGCUAUGAAUUUUGGAGCGUAAAUUUGUUCCCUUGUAACCUCCAUCCAUCCGAGAGAACAUGUGUUGUGCACAUUUUGGAAAUCUGCACACAUCCGUCUCUAUUCUGCAGUUUCAGUAGU